CUGCCCGCGCGACGCGCCCAGUUCCAAGGUUUUUAACAGCGGUAGUAUCAACGGACAUGACAAAGUUCCCAAAUCCAGGACUACUGAGGUUGUGGAGAGAUGGACUGAGGGUUGUGUCAGUGUGUGUGUGAGUGACGCGUAAUUCAGAGUGCAAAGACACAGAGACGUGACAGUCCCGCGUCCCAUUGUGAGUCCACUGUCUGCGGGGGGAACACACAGCUAUAACGGGUACCUCCCCAACAUUCCCAACCAACGCAGCUCUGAGACCACUGUCUGUGAGGGGAACACACAGCCGUAACGGGUACCUCCCCAACAUUCCCAACCAACGCAGCUCUGAGACCAGUCUGCAGGGGGGAACACACAGCCGUAACGGGUACCUCCCCAACAUUCCCAACCAACGCAGCUCUGAGACCAGUCUGCAGGGGGAACACACAGCCAUAACGGGUACCUCCCCAACAUUCCCAACCAACGCAGCUCUGAGACCAGUCUGCAGGGGGGAACACACAGCCGUAACGGGUACCUCCCCAACAUUCCCAACCAACGCAUCUCUGAGACUAGUCUGCAGGGGGGAACACACAGCCAUAACGGGUACCUCCCCAACAUUCCCAACCAACGCGGCUACACAUACGCGUCCCUCUAUUGAUUUAAAUGUGUUGACAGUUGGAGAAAUAGCUUGAGCCGCAUUGAGAAUUAGAAAAGUAUGAAAGCCAAUGGUCCAAUAUUCUAGAAUACUGCUGUGCGGGGACAUUUUGGACUCUGAUAGACGUGUGUUUGUAAGAGGUUGAGUAACCCGCGGUAACAGACAUGCCCAAACCUGAUCUACUCUGUUUGGUUCAACUACUGGACAACACUAUCCAGACCUUUACAGUCAACAAGCAGGAUGCAGGUGAGGUUUUACUGGAGCAGGUGUGUAACCAGCUGGGUCUGCUGGAGAGACACUUCUUCAGUCUGCAGCUACGAGACUCCAACACCACCAUCGUCACUCAAACACACUCUCCUAGGUGGCUGGAGGCCAACAAACCACUGAAGAAGCAGCUGAAAGGAGUUGUCUCUCCAUUCUACCUGACCCUCCGAGUCCGAUUCUUCAUCUCAGAUCCCAACUCUCUACAGCAUGACCAGACCAGACAUAUGUACUUCCUCCAGAUCAGGAGUGACAUCAGAGAGGGCAGGUUGAAGUGUCCUCUGAGUGCAGCUGUAGUACUGGCCUCCUAUGCUGUGCAGUCUGAGCUAGGUGACUACUCCCCAGACCUUCUCCCUGGUUACCUGUCCAAAAGCCACUUCCUCCCGGAGCAGGAUGAUGACUUCCUGUCUAGAGUGGAGGCUCUGUACCCAGGGCACAGGGGGCUGAAGCAGAGUGAGGCAGAGCUGUGUUUUCUCAACACAGCAAGAACUCUGGAGAUGUAUGGAGUGGAGCUCCACACUGCCAUGGACUCUGACAGUUCCCCUCUAUUGGUGGGAUUGGCCUCAGGGGGCGUGGCUAUCUUCUGUAACAUGAUUUGCUCCAGUUUCUUCCCCUGGGUGAACAUCAUCAAGAUAUCCUUCAAGAGGAAACGCUUCCUUAUGCAGCUCAGACGCAAACAUGGGGAGACGCAGGACUGUGUGGUGAGCCUGGUCCUGCCGUGCCCCAGGGCCUGUAAGAACCUGUGGAGGUCAUGUGUGGACCAUCACUGCUUCUUCCACACCAACCUGGCAACCCGUAGCCCACACCACACCAACCUGGCAACCCAGAUACACAACAAGCUGCUCUCACAACACUGGGCCUUGGGCAACACUAAAACAGACAGUGGUGCAGUGUGUAAGAAAGUGAUGGGUGGGAUGGAGUGGAACCCAGCUCUGAGGGGAUCCACCUCGUCAGAACACCUGGAGACCAAGAGCCUACCCUCCCGAUCCCCCCCGCUCACACCCAACUGGCGGAGUCCUCGUGUGCGUCAUGGCGCCCGUAAACCCCGCCCCUCCUCAGUGGAGCUGAAUAAUGACCUGCGCGACAUGUCGGAGGGGGAGGAUGUCUUUUACACCUACAGGGUCUCCCUCAGCAGCAGCAGGGGCAGCCAGGAGGGCACGCCUACACACAGUGUUUCUGGCACUCACAGCCAAGGAGGUGGAUGGUCGCAGGUUGAUGACAUCAGCACAGGAGACGAAGACAUUAAAGCUACCUCUCACUACCGGGACAAGCGUGCUCUUGGUGAUGGCGACCUGCUAUUGGUGCGUCUCGCUCCUGAUCAUGAUGGAAAGUUUGGUUUCAAUGUCAAAGGUGGCGUGGACCAGAAGAUGUCCCUGGCCAUAUCCCAGGUCAACCCUGACUCCCCUGCGGGGCGGGUUGAGCCAAGGUUGUUGGAAGGUGACCAGGUCGUGCUGAUCAACGGUCGCGACAUCUCUGAACACACGCAUGACCAGGUGGUCAUGUUUAUAAGAGCCAGCAGAGAGUCCCACUCCAGAGAACUGGCUCUGCUUAUACGACGCAAAGGUCCAGGGCGUGUGGCCCCCCUGCUGCAGUUUCCCUCUGCCCUGUCUCUGACUGGCCAAUCAAACAGUGAUCCACUGCUUCUGCCUGGCCAAUCAGAACAAGGCCAGACACUUGAAGAGUCCAUGAAACAACUGGAGAGGGGAAUCCAGACAGGCACUCUCACCUUCCACUUCGAGAAUCUGUACAUGAGGAAGCCUGGCCUGUCAGUAGCCUGCGCUCGUCUCCCUGAGAACACAGACAAGAACAGAUACAAGGACGUGCUGCCCUAUGACGUCUCCAGAGUGGUACUUCAGGACCAAGAGGACUACAUCAAUGCAAGCCACAUCACGGUGAUGCCCCCAGGGUCUGGUGUGUGUCUGCGCUACAUUGCAGCUCAAGGGCCGCUGCCUCAGACCUGCACUCACUUCUGGCAGAGUGUGUGGGAGCAACACACACACACCAUCAUCAUGCUCACCACACUCACCGAGAGAGGACGGACUAAGUGCCACCAGUACUGGCCACACCCUCCUGAAGUGAGGGAUUAUGGGUACCUGAGGGUCAGCUGCCACUCUGAGGAAUGCAACCUGGCCUACGUCACACGCCAGUUCACCCUCACACACACACAGCUGGGAGAGGAGCGUUCAGUGACCCACCUGCAGUAUGUAGCAUGGCCAGACCAUGGUGUACCUGAUGACCCCUCAGACUUCCUGCUGUUCAUCACCUCUGUUAGAGAGAGGAGGACAGGAGACACACCACUUAUGGUGCACUGCAGCGCAGGGAUUGGGCGUACAGGUGUUCUCAUUACCAUGGAGACGGCGUUGUCGCUGUUGGAGAAUGGUCAACCUGUGCUCCCUCUGGACAUCAUCAGGACGCUCCGAGACCAGAGGGCCAUGAUGAUCCAGACCACGUGUCAGUUCCGGUUUAUGUGUGAGGCCAUCCUGCGUGUCUACAGAGAGAGAGAGGAGACCAUUCUGCAGCACUGCUAAUGGACCAUUAACAGGAGGAUGGGGGGACAGCUAUCCACAAUGCUAAGCUAACAGGAGAAGAGUACUGCUAGCCCCAGCGCUAGGCUAACAGGAGAAGAGGACCGCUAGGCUGUAGCCUUAGAGAGCCAUAGCACUCCACUAGCCUUAGUGCUCGGCAAUGGCUUGCCUUUUGUUGCUACAGCACAUAACGAGCCAUAGUGUCGAAUGUGCUCAGCUAGUCCUAUCCUUAUGUUAGCCAUAGAGCACCGCUAGCAGGAAGGACCAUGUAAUGCAAAGGUCUUUUUUUUGUUUUUUGUAAUUCUCUGGGACCAAAGUGCUACUGUAUGAGUGACUGAAGACUGUAUCUCAGUUCCUCCUGAGUGGAGGCUAUAUAGUCUUCCUAAUGGUGGCCCUCGGCUAGUUCCUCCUGAGUGGAGGCUAUAUAGCCUUCCUAAUGGUGGCCCUCGGCUAGUUCCUCCUGAGUGGAGGCUAUAUAGCCUUCCUAAUGGUGGCCCUCGGCUAGUUCCUCCUGAGUGGAGGCUAUAUAGCCUUCCUAAUGGUGGCCCUCGGCUAGUUCCUCCUGAGUGGAGGCUAUAUAGCCUUCCUAAUAGUGGCCCUCGGCUAGUUCCUCCUGAGUGGAGGCUAUAUAGCCUUCCUAAUUGUGGCCCUCGGCUAGUUCCUCCUGAGUGGAGGCUAUAUAGCCUUCCUAAUGGUGGCCCUCGGCUAGUUCCUCCUGAGUGGAGGCUAUAUAGCCUUCCUAAUGGUGGCCCUCAGCUAGUUCCUCCUGAGUAGAGGCUAUAUAGCCUUCCUAAUGGUGGCCCUCGGCUAGUUCCUCCUGAGUGGAGGCUAUAUAGCCUUCCUAAUGGUGGCCCUCGGCUAGUUCCUCCUGAGUGGCGGCUAUAUAGCCUUCCUAAUGGUGGCCCUCGGCUAGUUCCUCCUGAGUGGAGGCUAUAUAGCCUUCCUAAUGGUGGCCCUCGGCUAGUUCCUCCUGAGUGGAGGCUAUAUAGCCUUCCUAAUGGUGGCCCUCGGCUAGUUCCUCCUGAGUGGAGGCUAUAUAGUCUUCCUAAUGGUGGCCCUCGGCUAGUUCCUCCUGAGUGGAGGCUAUAUAGCCUUCCUAAUGGUGGCCCUCGGCUAGUUCCUCCUGAGUGGCGGCUAUAUAGCCUUCCUAAUGGUGGCCCUCGGCUAGUUCCUCCUGAGUGGAGGCUAUAUAGCCUUCCUAAUGGUGGCCCUCGGCUAGUUCCUCCUGAGUGGAGGCUAUAUAGCCUUCCUAAUGGUGGCCCUCGGCUAGUUCCUCCUGAGUGGAGGCUAUAUAGCCUUCCUAAUGGUGGCCCUCGGCUAGUUCCUCCUGAGUGGAGGCUAUAUAGCCUUCCUAAUGGUGGCCCUCGGCUAGUUCCUCCUGAGUGGAGGCUAUAUAGCCUUCCUAAUGGUGGCCCUCGGCUAGUUCCUCCUGAGUGGAGGCUAUAUAGCCUUCCUAAUGGUGGCCCUCGGCUAGUUCCUCCUGAGUGGAGGCUAUAUAGUCUUCCUAAUGGUGGCCCUCGGCUAGUUCCUCCUGAGUGGAGGCUAUAUAGCUUUACUAAUAGUGGCCCUCGGCUAGUUCCUCCUGAGUGGAGACUAUAUAGCCUUCCUAAUGGUGGCCCUCGGCUAGUUCCUCCUGAGUGGAGGCUAUAUAGCUUUACUAAUAGUGGCCCUCGGCUAGUUCCUCCUGAGUGGAGGCUAUAUAGCUUUACUAAUAGUGGCCCUUGGCUAGUUCCUCCUGAGUGGAGGCUAUAUAGCCUUCCUAAUGGUGGCCCUCGGCUAGUUCCUCCUGAGUGGAGGCUAUAGAACUAGGCCUUUUCUAGACUAGAGAAAUUGACUCGUCUGUCUGUAUUGUUGGGAGAGUGUUGAGGCUUUCGGUGGAUUCACAGUAGAGAUGAACACUGCCAGAGCCACCACAUACUACACCCGCUCCCACCUUCCCUAAAUUAUUGACACACUGAAUAAACACACUGACAUCUA